AUGGCAGAAAAUGAGAAGAGACUACCAAUGACACAGGAAAGUUUAGAAGUGAAAAAAAGUUCUUCAUGGAGAAUAUCCGAUGAUGGAAUUAAAAGAACUCCAUCAGGAAAACCAAUUCAAACUAUGUAUGUCUUGAAUAGAAAAGGGGAAGAGGAAGAUAUAUCAUUUGAUCAAAUUUUAAAAAGAAUUCAAAGAUUAUCUUACGGAUUACAUGAAUUAGUAGACCCAGCUAGAGUAACCCAAGGAGUUAUAAACGGAAUGUAUAGUGGAAUUAAGACAUGUGAAUUAGAUGAGCUAGCUGCUCAAACCUGUGCAUAUAUGGCAACUACCCAUCCUGAUUUUUCUAUUUUGGCAGCUAGAAUUACAACUGAUAAUUUACAUAAAAAUACAAGUGAUGAUAUAGGAGAAGUAGCUGAAGCUUUGUAUACGUAUAAAGAUGUAAGAGGAAGGCCUGCAAGUUUAAUAAGUAAAGAAGUGUAUGAUUUUAUUAUGCUACACAAAGAUACAUUAAAUAAGGAAAUAGAUUAUACACGUGAUUUCAAUUAUGAUUACUUUGGUUUUAAGACAUUAGAACGGUCAUAUUUACUACGCAUUAAUGGGAAAAUUAUUGAAAGACCACAACAUUUGUUAAUGAGAGUAUCUAUUGGAAUCCAUAUUGACGAUUUGGAAAAAGCACUUGAAACAUAUCACUUAAUGUCACAGAAAUAUUUCACACAUGCAACUCCUACAUUAUUCAAUUCUGGAACUCCAAGACCACAAAUGUCUUCGUGUUUUUUAUUAUCAAUGAAAUCAGAUUCGAUAGAAGGAAUUUUCGAAACAUUGAAACAAUGUGCAUUAAUUAGCAAAACAGCUGGUGGUAUUGGAGUUGCAGUGCAAGAUAUAAGAGGUCAAAAUUCAUAUAUUAGAGGAACGAAUGGAAUAUCCAACGGAUUAGUACCUAUGCUAAGAGUAUUCAAUGAUACUGCUAGAUAUGUAGAUCAAGGAGGAGGGAAAAGAAAAGGAUCUUUUGCUGUAUACAUUGAACCAUGGCAUUCUGACAUUUUUGAAUUUUUAGAUUUAAGAAAAAAUCAUGGAAAAGAAGAAUUAAGAGCUCGAGAUCUUUUCUAUGCUGUGUGGGUUCCAGAUCUUUUUAUGAAAAGAGUUAAAGAAAAUAAAAAUUGGACUUUAAUGUGUCCAAAUGAGUGUCCAGGGUUAAGCGAAACAUGGGGUGAAGAAUUUGAAAAGUUAUAUACAAAAUAUGAGGAAGAAAACAUGGGGAAAAAAACAGUCUUAGCACAAGAUUUAUGGUUUGCUAUAUUACAGAGCCAGAUAGAAACAGGUGUCCCUUACAUGCUUUAUAAAGAUUCGUGUAAUUCUAAAUCGAAUCAGAAAAAUUUAGGAACUAUAAAAUGUAGUAACUUAUGUUGUGAGAUUAUUGAAUACACAUCUCCUGAUGAAGUUGCUGUAUGUAAUCUGGCAUCUAUAGCAUUAUGCAAAUUUGUAGAUACAGAGAAAAAAGAAUUUAAUUUUAAGAAACUUUACCAAAUUACAAAAAUUAUUACACGAAAUUUGGAUAAAAUUAUAGAAAGAAAUUAUUACCCAGUUGAAGAAGCUAGAAGAUCCAAUACAAGACAUAGACCAAUAGGAAUAGGGGUUCAAGGAUUGGCUGAUACUUUUAUGUUAUUAAGAUAUCCCUAUGAAUCAGAUUCUGCUAAAGAAUUAAAUAAAAGAAUUUUUGAAACUAUGUAUUAUGCUGCUUUGGAAAUGUCUAUGGAAUUGGCUCAAGUGUAUGGACCUUAUGAAACAUAUCAGGGUAGUCCAGCUAGUCAAGGAAUUUUACAAUUUGACAUGUGGAAUGUAAAGGUUGAUAAUAAAUAUUGGAAUUGGGAUGAACUAAAGACUAAAAUAAAGAAACAUGGAUUGAGGAAUUCAUUACUUCUGGCUCCAAUGCCAACUGCAUCUACUUCGCAAAUUCUGGGAAAUAAUGAAUCCUUUGAACCAUAUACUAGUAACAUCUACUACAGACGUGUUCUGAGUGGAGAAUUUUUCGUAGUUAAUCCACAUCUGCUAAAAGAUCUUUUUGAUAGAGGACUUUGGGAUGAAGACAUGAAACAACAACUAAUUGCCCAUAAUGGAAGUGUGCAAUACAUUAGUGAAAUUCCAAGUGAUUUGAAGGAACUCUACAAGACCGUGUGGGAGAUCAAGCAGAAAAACAUUAUCGAUAUGGCAGCCGACCGAGGGGUCUUCAUAGAUCAGUCCCAAUCGCUGAAUAUUUACAUCCAGAAGCCAACAUUCGCAAAACUCUCAAGCAUGCACUUCUACGGGUGGGAAAAAGGGCUGAAGACAGGAGCCUAUUACUUAAGAACCCAAGCAGCAACAGAUGCAAUUAAAUUCACAGUUGAUACUCAAGUAGCUAAGAAUGCUGCAAAAAUGAAGAAUGCUGAAGGAGCAGGAGGGGUGUCUAUCACACGCGAAGUUUCACGGGAAACAAUUUCAACGGAGUCCACAGUUACACAGAAUGUUGUCUGUCCCUUACGAAGGAACAACGACGACCAGUGUUUGAUGUGUUCAGGAUGA